AAAUGAAUGCUGACUGAUUACAGGAUGUGAAGUGUUGCAAUACUUUCACUUCCUCAUUGCACUCUUCGAGACAAAGAGCAGGAAACAGCCUCAGAUGAGCCUAUAACGGGACUAACGAUGGUCUGAAGCAGGUGCCUUGUUCUUCUCUCUCAAGUCAGUUUUUAGUCGGAUUUAACCGGGAAACAGCAUCAAAGAGAGGUUACUUCUCCACUUGGAGGAGCUGGGUGAAAGUAUGCAGGAUGGAAAACGACUUAAGCCGGCCUGCAGGUCUGUCAACAUCACAGCAGGCUCAAACUCAGAGAGAAGCAGGACACCAAACAAUCAGCGCCCAGUCUGGAGCUGUCGCUGUCGCACCUCAGUUAACAGAUGUUAAAGCAGAGAAUAUAAACAUCACUGUCAACAACACAUAUGGCCAGUCUCCCAGCACGACAGCCAACACUGAAGCCGUUUCUGACCAAACUGAAGCAAAAAUCCGAAGGUGCCGAGAUGCACUGAAAAGUUUCCUUGAAAAUCAAACGAAGGAUCUAUCUCAGGGAACAAAGGAUGAAGGAUGUUCGACCCCUUUAAACAAGAUCUAUACAGAGCUUUACAUCACAAGAGGAGGCAGUGGGGAGGUUCAUAGUGAACAUGAAGUGAUCAAGUUAGAAUGCAAAAGGAGUCCGAGUGAGGAGAAGAACAUCCAGCUCAGUGACAUUUUUAAACCUUUACCAGAAGAAGAAAGCCCUCCUCGGAGAGUUCUGACGAAGGGAAUCGCUGGCAUUGGAAAGUCGGUAGCUGUGCAGAAAUUCACUCAGGACUGGGCGACCGGAGAAGCCAACCAAACUACUGACUUUGUAUUUCCAUUCACAUUCAGAGACUUGAAUUUAAUAAAAGAGGACUGUUCUCUUGUGUCGUUAGUUAGUUCCCAUUUCGAAGAAGUGGAGGAUUUGGAACCAUCAGACUACAACAGUUCAAGUGUUUUGUUCAUCUUUGAUGGCCUUGAUGAAAGCCAGUUACCUCUGGAUUUCAAGAAAAUUAAGAAGUGCAGAGAUAUUACAAAGCUCACAACAUUAGACGUCCUGCUUACAAACUUAAUCUCAGGGAACCUGCUGCACAAAGCCUCGAUCUGGAUCACAAGUAGACCAGCUGCAGCCACUAAGAUUCCUCCUGUGGUCUUCAACAGAGUGACCGAGGUACGAGGCUUCGAUGAUGGCCAGAAGAAGGAGUACUUUCAGAAGAAAGUUACUGACAAAAACAUGUCUCAGAAGAUACUCAAUCAUCUUCAGUCAAAGCCACUGAGAAGUCUCUACAUCAUGUGCCACAUCCCAGUCUUCUGUUGGAUUUCAGCCUCGACUCUCCAGAGUCUCUUAACAGAAACUCACAAAGGUGAGUUGCCAAACACUCUGACUGAAAUGUACACACACUUCCUGAUCAUCCAGACGGAGCUGAAACACCAGAAGGAUUAUGAGGAAGGUGAAUCGGACAAAGAAGUCAUCAUGAAAUUGGGAAAGCUGGCAUUUGAACAGCUACAGAAGGGCAACAUCAUCUUCAAGAAAGAAGACGUAGAAAAGUGUGAGAUUGACUUGAAACAAGCUGCAGUUUUUUCAGGAGUUUGUACAGAGAUCCUCAGAAAAGAGUCUGGACUUCACAAACAAGAGAUUUACUCUUUCAUACAUUUAACUGUUCAUGAGUUUCUUGCAGCUCUGUAUGUCUUACAGACCUUCAUCGAUAGGGGAGAAAAUCUGCUCACCAACCUGACAAAGAAAACACAGUUUCCUCUUUUCCGCCGACAGACCUUCAGAUCCAGCAGAGUAAAUCUGCUAACCAACUCGACAAUGGAAGCACAGUUUCGUCUCUUCUCCCUACAGAAGAGCACAGUGGAUCUGGCUUUGGACAACAAUCUGGGACAAUGGGACUUGUUCCUGCGUUUCCUGCUCGGCCUGUCACAGGAUAAAAGUCAGAAGCUUCUUCAGGAAGAAUUGGAAUUCAAAGGAAUUCUUCAACAGAGCAACAAGAAGACAAUCGACUACAUUCACGAGAAGAUCAAGAAGCUGUCCAACGUCAACAAGAGCAUCAAUCUGUUCCAUUGUUUGAAUGAGUUGGGUGACCGGUCUCUGGUCGAGCAAGUCCAACUUUAUCUGAGCUCAGGAGAUGCUAGUAAGCUGUUACCUGAACACUGGUCAGCUCUGGUCUUCCAGCUGCUCGUUUCCAAUGAUGACCUGGAUGUCUUUGACCUGAAGAAAUACCACAGAUCAGAUGAAGCUCUGGAGAGGCUGCUGCCAGUGCUCAAAGCAUCAAAGACAGCUUUGUUGAGUGACUGUAACCUCACAGACAGAAGUUGCAGAAAUAUUUCAUCAGUUCUCAGAUUGAAGUCUUCUGGUCUGGAGGAGUUAGACCUGAGCAGAAACAGACUGCAGGACUCUGGACUGAAGCAGCUCUCUGAAGGUCUAAAAAGUCCCGACUGCAAACUCCAAACACUCAGACUGGUUGACUGUGAGUUUACAAAGAGAGGCUUUGCUGCUCUGACUUCCAGUCUGAAGUCAAACCCCGCCCACCUGAGAGUCCUGGAUCUGACAGGAAAUUACCUUGGAGACAGUGAUGUCAAAGACCUUUGUGAGUUCUUGGCAGAUCCACGUUGUCGACUGCAGACACUGAACCUGGACUACUGCAGGUUACCAGCAGAGAGCUGGCGGUCUUUGACCUCUGACCUCAGAGCCUCCUCUGCUCUCAAAGAGCUCGACCUGAGAGUGAACUACCUGGAGGACCAGGGGGUGAAGCUGCUUUCUGAUUGGCUGAAGAAACCCCAGUGUACACUGGAGAUACUGAGACUUGCUGGCAGUCAGUUUACAGAGAGAGGCUUUGCUGCUCUGACUUCCAGUCUGAAGUCAAACCCCGCCCACCUGAGAGUCCUGGAUCUGUCAGAUAAUGACCUCAUAGACAGUGAUGUCAGAGACCUUUGUGAGUUCUUCGCAGAUCCACGUUGUCGACUGCAGACACUGAACCUGAACUACUGCUGGUUUCCAGCUGAGAGCUGCCGGUCUUUGACCUCUGACCUCAGAGCCUCCUCUGCUCUCAAAGAGCUCGACCUGAGCCAGAACCACCUGGAGGACCAGGGGGUGGAGCUGCUUUCUGAUUGGCUGAAGAAACCCCAGUGUACACUGGAGAUACUGAGACUUGCUGGCUGUAAGUUUACAGAGAGAGGCUUUGCUGCUCUGACUUCCAGUCUGAAGUCAAACCCCGCCCACCUGAGAGUCCUGGAUCUGUCAGGAAAUGACCUCAAGGACAGUGAUGUCAGAGACCUUUGUGAGUUCUUGGCAGAUCCACGUUGUCGACUGCAGACACUGAACCUGAAGGCCUGCUGGUUACCAGCAGAGAGCUGGCGGUCUUUGACCUCUGACCUCAGAGCCUCCUCUGCUCUCAAAGAGCUCGACCUGAGAGUGAACUACCUGGAGGACCAGGGGGUGGAGCUGCUUUCUGAUUGGCUGAAGGAACCCCAGUGUACACUGGAGAUACUGAGGUUGUCACACUGCACAAAGAGACACUGUGAGUAUCUGGCCUCGGCUCUGAGGUCAGACACUUCACAUCUCAGAGAGCUGGAGCUGAGCUUCAGUCAUCCAGGAGAAUCAGGUCUGAAGCUGCUGACAGACAUAAAGGAGGACAAACGUUACAGCCUGCAGACACUGGAAGUGUUAGAUGGGUUUAUUUGAACAUGAACGUUGACCAAAAAGACACCAAUGGAUCAUUAUCCUACUUUAGUCUGAAACAAAUGAACUGAACUACAAAGUGUGUGUCACAGUGACCUCAGAUGCAUCCUGAUUCUUCUCUCCUUAAAGAAUCAGUGCUCAUCAGGAGGGGAGGUUCUAGUGAGGCAAUAAGGUUAUUAAAUAUUAAAUAAUUAUUGUUUAUGACUACCUACAUUGACAGACACAUUUCAGAUGACAGGACAAUCAGCACCGGUUCCCCUCAAGGCUGCGUCCUUUCUCCUCUGCUCUACUUCCUGUUCAGGACUGUCCUCCCUUUAGAAGCGAGGUUGUUUCUACAAGCUCUCGUGCGCCCUCUCGCGGCCAUAGUAAUUAUGAAUGAAUGAAGUGGUUUUAGGCUGGUAGAUAUCCUGCUAGCAUAGCCAGUUCACUAUAACGGUGCGCUAUCUUUCUAGACGAGGAAUGUGCCAGUUGUCUACGGCAGAUGACAUCACCUAUUUACUCUCCUUUUGUCAUAAAUGCAGGCAUGUAUGACAUUAUGUUAAAUAUGUUCUUCUAUAUAAGUUUUUGUUCCAUGUUUAUUAAGAAAAUUUACUAAAAAGCUGGUAACAGUCCACUGGAAAAUUAUUUUUUAUUUCAUAAUAUAUUCUUUCGUAUUAUAAGAGGCAAAUUUCAGUUUAAAUAACUUUUUUUUCUAAAAGCCAACCUUUUAUCGUUUGGGUUUAAAGUCUCAGAUGCCUCAGGUUUACAUCAACCAGAUGAGAGUUUCCUUAUUGGACACAAUAACAGAGACUUCACAGGUAUGGCAUGAAAAUUAGAGCAUCAAGUAAUAAAACAUGUGUCUAUACAAAUGAACUUAAUUCCUUUUCAGAAAUAUAGAAUAUGUAACUCUAGUUAGCUAAAAUAUCAUGAUAACAAAGAAAAAACUGUUUAUACGUGUUUUCUGUCAUGUUGUAUGGGGCUGCAAUAAUUAUUUUCAUUAUUAAACCGAUCUUUCCAUCAUUUCCAUGACUAAUCAAUUAACCAUCUUGACAAUAAAAUGUAAGGAAAUGAAAUGUGUGCCCUGUGUUAUUUCCCAGAGUCUAAGGCCACGUCUUCACAGGGUGUUUUAUUCAACCAACAGUCCAAAAGUAUUCAGAUUAUAAUUUUUUAUUUCAAGGAAA